ACUCACACCCUAACCCUCAGUCCUUAGCUCUGCAGUGGGCUCUGUAAAGGGAAUCACUGUGACAUUUGUGUUCAAUAUUACCGAGUCCCAAUUCCUUGCUGGUGAGAAGCUGAUUUGUUCUCGGUGUGCCCCUUCUGUCUUCACUUGGUCUGUUCAGCGUUCAUGAUGUAUGGUCUGCUAUGCGAAAGUCUACAUGACUUCAUCAAAGAAUCGUAUGGGGAUGAUGUGUGGAAGCUCGUCCGGGAACGAGCUGAUGUCAGGCUGCACUCCUUUGUAACACACGAGGUUUACAGUGAGAGUGUGAUUCCUCGAAUUGCCAUGGCAGCCAGUGGGGUCACUGGGACUCCCUACAGUGAUCUGAUGAACUCAUGGGGAGUUUACUUCCUCGGAUUUGUGGGGAAGUAUGGAUAUGACAGAAUCCUGAAGGUUCUAGGCAGACAUGUCCGUGACUUUGUGAACGGUUUGGACAAUCUUCAUGAGUACUUACGCUUCAGCUACCCCAAGGUCCAGCCCCCGACUUUCUUCUGCCAGGAGGAAUCAGCCACAGGAGUUACCCUUCACUACAGGAGCAAACGGAAAGGAUAUCUUCAUUACGCCAUGGGACAACUACGACAGAUGGGGAAGCAAUUCUAUGACACUGAUAUCCACGUGGAGGUGCUGUCGGAGCAGUUGGUCGGGGACUACUCACAUGUCACCAUGAGGCUGAAUUUUGAUAACUCAGCUUACCGAUACAUUCAGAAGGAGGAUACUGAUGAGGAAGAGAUGUUAUCCUUCACCAGUGAUUUCUUCUUUGAGGUUUUCCCCUUUAACAUUGUCUUCAGACAGGAUAUGGUUGUUCACAAUGUGGGAUCUGGAUUGGCGACAGUAUUCCCAGACCUUGAUGGCAAGAUGAUAACAGAUGCUUUCCUGCUGGCACGGCCUCUUGUUGAGUUCACCUGGAACAUGAUCAUCUCCCACCCAAACAAUCUGUUUGAGAUCAUCUCGAAAGAGCCAGUGAAAAGGGAAAGGAACCUACACAACAGAGUUCAGAAUGCUGAUUAUGAGAAUGGUCCUCGAGCUGCUGAUGCGAGUGUGCUGCUCAUGGCCUUCCAAUCAAUUGUUGGUGACGAUUAUAAAGACGGGAACAGUUCCAGUAUGCUGGAGAGCUGUGGGGAUGGCAGCCGCUGCCUCAGGCUGAAGGGGCAGAUGAGAUUCAUGUCAGAGUGGGAAUCGAUCAUCUUCCUGGGAACCCCUGUAAUGGAGAGUCUUGGUGCUAUGUUUAAGACAGGAUUGUACAUCAAUGAUCUCAGUAUGCAUGAUUCGAGCCGAGACCUGGUUCUUGCUGGCACCCAGCAGUCAGAGGAACUCAAGAGAGCCCUCAUCCAGGAACAGAAGAAGUCAAGCAAACUUGAGGAGAGCAUGAAGAUGCUGGACUAUGAGAUGAAGAAGACAGAUGACCUCCUGUAUCGGAUGAUUCCGAAACCUGUUGCAAAGAGCCUUCGGAAAGGAUUGCCUUCUGUUAACACUUGUGAGGUAUUCCCAGAUGUCACUAUCCUGUUCAGUGAUGUGGUUGGUUUUACUCGAAUUUGCAGUCAUAUUACUCCGAUGCAAGUGGUUUCUAUGCUGAACACGAUGUAUACGCUGUUUGAUACCCUGAGUGAGAAGCACAGAGUCUUCAAGGUGGAGACGAUUGGCGAUGCAUACAUGGUAGUUGCAGGAGUCCCAGAAAAAACCAAAUAUCAUGCCCACAACAUCUGUGACAUGGCUCUAGACAUGGUUCGGUCAAUAGAUCACCUCAAAGAUCCAUCCACUGGGAAUAAUAUUCAAAUCCGUGUUGGUGUCCACUCUGGGAUGGUAGUGGCAGGGGUGGUGGGUCACAGGAUGCCACGUUUUGGACUGUAUGGAGACACUGUCCACUCAGCAUCAGCCAUGGAGAGUAACGGCAAGGAGAUGCACAUACAGUUGAGUGGCGCAACCUACGAGCACCUUAUAGACAGCCCAUUCAUCUUUGAGCGACGGGGCAUGAUAACUAUAAAGGGGAAUGUGGAGAUUGAAACAUAUUGGCUGAAGGGGAAAAGGGAUAAGGAUGGGAAUGCACAGGCAGCCUGUCCACAGUUUGAGACUCAAGCAAUCAGCACGACAACCUUAACACCAGAAUCAUCGCUGGGUGGAAAGCGAGAGUUGAUAAAUCCAACCAACAUUUUGGAUGAUGAGGAACUUGUUCACUCUGAACACUCUCAGCAAGGGGAAAUAGUUACAUCAACAGCAUCACUGGAAAUGUCAAUGCAGGGAAUCAGCACUGACGAGGAUUCUUUCACAAAGAACCAUUACAAAGAGUCUUUUGUGGAAAAUGAUCCAGAGGCUCUGACCCAUCAACAGGAAGACACCCACUCUGUUGCAAAACUGGACCCAUGUGUGGCUCCCUUACCCACCUCACAGAAUGGUACAAUACCCAGGACACCAGUAUGCCAACUUCUCUAAACCCUCACAAUAUUUCAAGAUGGAACCUUCUUUCUUUCACCGUCACUGAUUGAACAACAUAUCUUAGAUAAAAUGCUGUUUAGUAUGUGGUAAAUUUGAGGAUGAAUUAAACAACUACUCUUUGAUUGACAUGCUGAAGAUCCCUGAUGCGCCCAAAUUUCCAUGGUUUUCCAUUUCACACCUAGAAUCACUAUUGAAAAAUUGUGUUAUUUAUUAUAUUAAUAGAAUAGCGGUCAACAAUCAGAAUGAGGUGCAGUCUUCAUCUCCUUCUUUGAUUUCUUCCUUGCUAAAUUUGAAAAUGAGGAGCUAUUGCCUGAUACCUACUAACUUCCUGAUUUGAAAACAGAGACUGCUCUGAACAUUCAGAAGAUCAGGCAACAUCUAUGGAGAGAAAAACAGAAUUAAUGUUUCACUAUUAGAUGGGAUUCUGCCAUUGGAAAUUAUUUACUGAACUAUUUGCACUAUGCCCAGAUUGACUUCAGAAACCAAUGACCAAAGUCAUUGGCUGGUCUCGCAGGAUAACGCAUUUGAGAGUGUUAGAAGCUGUAUAUAUAAAUAUACAGGACCUUAAGGAAGGCAAGAAUUUGUACAAACCCAGUAGUUUUUCAAAAAAAGGGUCAUGGAAACUGCCAACUCACGGCAUUCGCAUGCUAACAGCCUGACAAGGGGUGACAUGGUGGCUCAGUGGUUAGCACUGCUGCCUCACAAUGCCAGGGACCCGGGUUCAAUUCCACCCUCGGUGACUGUCUGUGUGGAGCUUACACAUUGUCCCUGUCCCUGUGUCUGUUUGGGUUUCCUCUGGGUGUUCUGGUUCUCUCCCACAGUCCAAAAAUGUGCAAGGUAGGUGGAUUGGCCAUGGAAAAUUGCCCUCAGUGUUAGGGAUGUGUAGAUUAGGUGGGUUAAAGGGGGACAGGUCUGAAUGGGAUGCUCUGAGGUUUGGUGUGGACUUGUUGGGCCAUACCACCAAUUUUUGUGGCACCUGCAAACUUACUGAUUGUAGCUCCUGUAUUCAAAGCCAAAUCAUUAAUGUACACAGCAAACAGCAAAGGACCCAACACCAAACCUGUGGUUCAUCACUGGACAGAGACUUCCAGUCACAAAAACACCCUUUGACCAUUACUCUCUGCUGUUGUCACUCAGCUAAUUUUGGUUCCAAUCUGACAAACUGCCCUGGUUCCCAUGUGCUCUGACCUUUUUGACCAAUCUGCCAUGUUACACUUUUGUCAAAGGUCUUACUGAAGUCCAUGCAGAUGACAUCUAGUGCACUACCUUCACCCACACAUCUAGUCACCUCCUUGAAAAAUUCUGUCAAACCUGUUAGACAUGAUCUCUCUCUUAUAAAGCCAUUAUCUUCCACUGCAACCUGAGCUACAUCUCAUCUGUGUCUGGGGAUUGAUCCACUUUCAAAUCUGCUAAAUCCAUUAAUACCUCCUCCACUGGUCCUACAAUGACCUUACUCUAUGUCCAGUUAUUUUCCUGCCUCUGAUAUACUUUGAAAACACCUUUGGAUUUUCCUUAAUCUUACUUGGUAUUUUUUUUUGUUGUGUCACCUCUUUGGUCUCCUAAUUAUUUUUGUAAGUAACCCCUUGGAUUUGCUAUACUCCUGUAGAGUUCUGUUGUUUUCAGCCUUGAGUAUCUACCAUAUAUUUUCUUUUUCUUCCCCUCAUCUAAUCCUGUAUUUCCCUUAUGGCUCUCUGGACAUCUUGGUUCUACCCUUCACCUUUAUGGGAAUAUAUUGGCCCUACUCUCACUAAUCAUAGAGAUGUACAUCACAGGUAAUGGCCAUUCAUCCCAUUGCAUUUGUGCCUGUCAAAAGCAAUUCUAAUCCCAUUUUCCAGCACUUGGCCUAACGUGCCUUGGCAUUGAAAGUGCACAUCUAAAUACUUCUUAAAUGGUUUGAGAGUUUCUGCCUGUAUCAUCUUUACAGGCAGAGAGUUCCAGAUGCCCACUAUCCCUUGGGUGAAGUAGUUUUUUCCUCACAUCUCCUCUAAACCUUCUGGCCAUUACUUUAAUUGUAUACCUCCUGGUCAUUGAUCCCUCUAUCAAGGGAAAAUAUUUCUUCCAAUUUACCCUACCUAUUCUCUUCAUAAUUUUAUAUAUCUCAAUCAUGACCUCUGUCAAUCUCCUCUGCAGUAAGGAAAACAACUCUAGUCUGUCCAAUUUGUCUUCAUGACUGAAACUCUUCAGCCCAGGCAACAUCCUGGUAAAUUGCGUCCACAUCCUUUCUAGCGCUAUCACAUCCUUCCUAUAAUGUGGAUUCCAGAGCUGUACACUGUACUCUAGCUGUGGCAGAACCAAUAUUUUAUGCUGUUCCAGCCUAAACACCCUGCUCUUAAACUCAAAGGCAAGUAUCCCAUAUGCCUUCUUAACUAUCUCAUCCACCUAUCUUGAUAACUUAAGGGACCAACAUACAUGCACACCAAGGUCUCCCUGAUCCUCAACGCUUCCCAUUGUCCUACCAUUCAUCAUGGAUUCCCUUGCUUUGUUUAUCCUGUCCAAGAUCAUCACCUCACAUUUAUGUGGACUGAAUUCCAUUUGCCACUGAUCAGCCCUUCUAUAUUGUCUUUUAGUUAAAAACUAUCCUCCUCACUAUUUACCACCCCACCAAUUUUUGUAUCAUCUGCAAAUUUACUGAUCAACCCUGCUGCAUUCAAAUCUACAUCAUUUGUGUAAACUGCAAACAGAUAAGGCCCCAAUACUGCUACUCGUUGGAUCCUACUGGGCACAGACUUCCAGCAGGAAAAACACCCCUCAACCAUUACCUUCCAGCCCUUAAGCCAACUGUGGACACAAUUUUCCAAAUUUCGUUUCAGAUUUCCAGCAUUUGCAAUACUUUGCUUCUUCGUCGAUCCCUGAAUUACAUCAUAUUUUCUCCUACUUUUUCAUUUCGACCUCCCCCAGUCUCAUUUGUACAUAUUAAUUUUUGAAGAAUAUACAUUGAUAUUUUGAACAAUUUCUGGUAUAUUGGAACAGACUGUAGCUCAAUCUUUCAAAUUAGAACGGUGUACUAGUUGUCCACAGACCUUCAUCCUUUUCCAAUAAGGACCAGAUGUAGAAACAUCUGAUUAAUACACUUUCUUAAUGCAUGCUCACAAACCUCCAAAUACAUGCAGUGCUGAUGGAAUUGAAGUAGUUUACUCAAAAAUGCUUCCGAAGUCAGAAAUGCCCCUGUCAUUUACAGUCUUCCUGAGACAGGGUAGAUACUAUUCCUAAUGUGUGGCUGUUAUGUACAAGGAUAUUGCCUAGUUCUGAUGUGGCCCAGUAUGUACUACUGAUCACUUCAGUUCAGUGACUGGCUCUGUCAACUGCUCUUACAAUUUGUGUGUCCCCAAUACUGAACUCUCAAUUCUCCAGCCUCACUGUGAAGGGAACUCUGUCCUCAGCUACUCUGGAAUCCACUCUGUAACUCACUCCAAUCUUUCACCAAAGUUGUUGAAAUCCUACUCAAGCAGUGCAUGUUCCAAGUCUGUCCCAACUCAACAGGACUCUAAUUUAACAACCUCUAUAAUUGUAGAUUUUGCUGGGCAAUGUAACUUAUCUAAUUAUCAUAUGGUUUAAACUAUGGAUAUUUAUAUUGCAUAAAUUUCAAUUAAU